AUGGCGAGAGGAUUGAAAGUUCUAUCAGCUCUCGACUCAGCAAAAACACAAUACUACCAUUUCAAAGCCAUCAUCAUAGCAGGGAUGGGACUCUUCUCAGACUCCUACGACCUCUUCUCCAUAACUCUCAUCACAAAGAUGCUCGGAAGAAUAUACUACUCCAACGAAACGGAAAUCCGGCAAGUCAACCCUGUUGUCGUCUCUGCCAUCAUCUCCGUCGCGCUCUUAGGAACCGCGAUAGGACAACUCCUAUUCGGCCGCCUCGGAGACCUGAAAGGCCGGCGCCAUGUCUACGGUAUGGCCUUAAUCUUGAUGAUAAUAAGCUCUUUAGCUUCUGGCUUCUCGAUAUGUACAAAAAGGAGAGCUUGUGUUUUUCUCUCUCUUGGUUUCUUUAGAUUCUUCUUGGGACUUGGGAUUGGUGGUGAUUAUCCAUUGUCUUCUACUAUCAUGUCUGAGUUUGCUAAUAAGAAGACAAGAGGGUCUUUUAUAGCUGCGGUUUUUUCCAUGCAAGGGUUUGGUAUAUUGGCUAGUGCCACGGUUACUAUGCUGGUUUGUUCCAUAUUUCGCCGCGGUUCGAAGCCGGAGUCGGCUUAUGAUGUGCCGGCGGAGGCUGACGUUGCAUGGAGGUUGAUAUUAAUGAUUGGUUCUAUUCCGGCUGCCUUGACUUAUUACUGGCGUAUGAUGAUGCCCGAAACUGCCAGAUAUACAGCAUUAGUGGAACAAAAUGUGUUGCAAGCUGCAAAGGACAUGGAGAAAGUUCUAGAUGUAUCAAUGAGCCAAAUAGCAGAAGAAGAAUCAUUACCACCAACGACAACAGCUGCAUCAUACCCUCUUCUUUCAAGAGAAUUCUUGCGUCGACACGGCCGCGAUCUUUUCGCCUGUUCUGCUAACUGGUUCCUCUUGGACAUAGUGUUCUACAGCCAAGUUCUUUUCCAAAGUGAAAUAUACAAGCGAUUCCUUACUAAGCCCAAAGACAAACAGGACGUGUAUCAAGAAGCUUUCCAUCUUGCAAGAAUCCAAGCCAUUCUCGCGGUUUCUUCCACCAUUCCCGGCUACUUCUUCACCGUCUACUUCAUCGAUCGCGUAGGAAGAGUCAAGAUCCAAAUGAUGGGUUUCUUCUUCAUGGCAGUGUCGUUUUUCGCCAUAGGGUUUCCCUAUUACUCUCAUUGGACAAGUCUUGAAAACCAUGAUAACAAAGGCUUCAUGGUUCUAUAUGGACUUGCUUUCUUCUUUGCAAAUUUCGGACCUAACACUACGACUUUUAUUGUCCCGGCCGAACUCUUUCCGGCUAGGUUUAGGUCGACGUGUCAUGGAAUUUCCGGAGCUGUUGGUAAGGUUGGUGCAAUCAUUGGAUCUGUUGGGUUUCUAUGGGCUUCACAUAAAGAUAAAGAGGAAGGGUAUCCUAGGGGAAUUGGAAUGCAAGCUUCACUUAUCAUACUUGGAGGGGUGUGUAUAGUAGGAAUGUUUGUUACUUACUUUUUCACCAAGGAAACUAUGGGAAGGUCUUUGGAAGAGAAUGAGGUUGAACAGUCUCAUAAUGGGGAAGAAUAUAAUGAUCUUUGA